CACAAAAGCCUUCACAUCCCCAGCUAUCUCUAUCCAUCUAUCUACAACUUAUAAUAAAAGAAACACACAAUAUGUUCAUAUCUUAUUGUUAUUCUAUAUUAUAAAAUAAAAUUAGAUGAUCGAUCAUACUUUUUAAAAAAAUUUCUCAAACAAAACCAACUUGACAACCGACAGCGAACAAGAUCAAAAAGCUCUCUUCUUUUAAAUUUCUCAUCAAACUUAAAUUCUCUAGCUCUCGAUCGCAAUAUAUACUAGGUAAUUCUUAUAUUUUCUCUCAAACACACAAAAAAAAAAAGAAAAAGAAAAAUUCAGGAGAGAUCAUCAACCAUCAUGAGGUCGCCAGUGCAACUCCAUCACAGCUCAGACGCCACAAACGGCUUCCACAAUCUCCAGCCUCACGAUCAGAGCGAUGGUCCGAUCAGGAGAGUGUGUCUCACGCGCGGUAUGCAUGUGCCGGAGCACGUGGCGAUGCACCACACGCACGACGUUGGUCCGGACCAGUGCUGCUCCUCGGUGGUGCAGAUGAUCCACGCGCCUCCUGAGUCCGUGUGGGCUCUCGUGAGGCGUUUCGAUAACCCGAAGGUUUACAAGAACUUCAUCAGGCAGUGCCGUAUCGUCCAAGGCGACGGGCUACACGUCGGAGAUCUCAGGGAAGUCAUGGUCGUCUCCGGGCUUCCGGCGGUUUCGAGCACCGAGAGGCUCGAGAUCUUGGACGAGGAGAGGCACGUGAUAAGUUUUAGUGUUGUUGGUGGGGACCACAGGCUCAAGAACUACCGAUCGGUGACUACGCUACACGCAUCGGACGACGAAGGGACCGUCGUUGUUGAGUCUUACAUCGUGGAUGUGCCGCCGGGGAACACGGAGGAGGAAACUGUAAGUUUCGUUGAUACUAUCGUCCGGUGCAACCUCCAGUCUCUGGCUAGAAGUACCAACCGGCAAUAAUCCCACAUCCUUUUUAUUUUUAUUUUUACUAAUGCAAUUAUGUAUGUAUCUAUUUUUUUUCUAUUAAUUCCUUAAGAGAUGUUCGAUCAUCAUCACAAAGGAAGAAAAUUUCGAGUUUUUUUUUUUUUUUUUGAUAAAUAGAUAUUUUGGCUUAGACAGAAUGUGGAAUUUAAUGGGAUUUCCUUGGGAGCUAGAUUUAUGUUGGGACUAUCGAAAUAUUGUUGGGGGAGAGAUUCACAAAAAUAUGGAUUUUGGAGGGUGCAGUGGAGUGGUGGGUGGUUACAUAAUAGCAAUUUGAGGUCAUGAACCUGUUAAAUGAUAUUAAUCACUUCGUUGUUUUGUACAUGGAAUCAUAAUUUUGUGACUUGUUGUUUAA